GCGGCCGUGAGGCGGUGCCUGACCUGCGGGGCCGACCUCUGUCUCUUCUGCUGCCAGGCCCACAGGAGACAGAAGAAGACAGCCUCUCAUGCUGUGAUGGAGCUGGAGAACACCAAGGAUUGCAGCCAGGCUGGGAAGCCUCUCUUCUGCCCUUCCCAUCCCACAGAGGAGCUAAGGCUGUUCUGUGAGCAGUGUGACCAGCCUGUGUGCCGCGAUUGCGUUGUAGACAGGCACCGGCAGCACUCCUAUGACUUCACUGGCAAUGUCAUCCACAGGCAUGGGGACGCCCUGCGGGAGCUGCUAAAAAGCACCCAGCAGCACAUGGGCACCCUAGAAGAUGUGCUAGGUCAGAUUGAUGACAUGGGCAGUGCCGUCCGCAGUCGCGCAGAGGCUGUGGCCACAGAGAUCUGUCUGUUUGCUAGUGGGUAUGUGAAAGCAAUUGAAGAGCACCGGGACCGGAUGCUGAAGCAGCUGGAGGACUUGAAGGUGCAGAAGGAAAACCUGCUGCACUUGCAGAAGGCCCAGCUGCAGCAGCUGCUGCUGGACAUGAGGACAGGCGUGGAGUUCACGGAGCGCUUGCUGACAAGCGGCUCAGACCUGGAAAUCCUCAUCACCAAAGGGGUGGUGGCGAGCCGGCUGGCAAAGCUGAACAGCAUUGCUUACAACACCCACCCCAGUGUGGAUGACGGGAUCCAGUUCUCUCCCCAGGAGAGGGCAGGGCAGUGUUGUGGCUAUGAAGUUUUUGGGGCCAUUCUCAAUAAAGUGGUUGAUCCAGCCAGAUGUACCCUGCAUGGGGAAGAUCUCCACAGUGCCCGUCAGAACCAGCUGACUGGCUUUACCCUGCUCUGCAAUGACGCUACGGGGGAGCGGAUGAGGCGAGGAGGAGAGGCUGUGCGGGUCACCAUCACCCACAAGGACAAGAGGGACUGUGCAGUCAAGACGACAGUGUGUGAUAACGGUGAUGGGACCUACCAUAUUUCCUACAGCCCUGAGGAGCCAGGCUUGUAUGCUGUCUGCGUCUAUGUAAAAGGGCAGCAUGUACAGGGCUCUCCGUUCACUCUGAUGGUGAAAAACAAGUUCCGUGAGCACCAAGGUAUUUUUCACUGCUGCACGUUCUGCUCAAGCGGAGGGCAGAAAGCUGCUCGUUGUGCCUGUGGGGGGACCAUGCCAGGUGGGUACCAAGGCUGUGGCCAUGGACACAAAGGUCACCCUGGAUGCCCCCACUGGUCAUGCUGUGGACAAGUCAAGGAGAACUCUGAGUGUUUGGGUGGGCCACCCAGUGACACCUCACAGAGGAGUUUGCUCAGGACAGUGGCAUUCUGAGCAGCCAGGUGAGCUCCUGCGAGCCCAGGGCACUGCUGCUGGCUGCUGCAUGAGCACAAACCAUGAGGAUCCCCACAAUCACUGCAUAGCCUUGCUGCCAGAAAACAACAUCGUGAUGGGUGUGAGCUGAGAAAGGGGGAUGAGGGAAAAUAAAAUUGUGCCUUAUAUUCCA